AUGGUGGCUCCCUUCAGGCUACGGCCUCAAGCAAAAGGUGGAAUUUUCAAGGUCAAUGAGGAUCCCAAGCGAUUAGAUGAUGCCUAUGUGCGCAUGUUGGGCCCUGGCGGCGAUAAGGUGCUAGGAGAGGAGGUUAAAUGGCUAGCAGUGACACACAAGAGUUUUGACCACGGAAAGCGGGGUUUCAACGACCGGCUAGCAUAUCUGGGACGGAGGAUUGUCGAACUACAAACAUCACAAGCGCUCAUAAACUCACCACAAGAAGAUCAAUGGCCAAGGGACUCGAAUGGCGUGCCCAUGAAUGACGAAUUUGGCCGCAAACCAUACCUUCACCCCGCCUUGAACGGACUGCAAGGCUUGACCGACGAGGCGGAGAGUUUAGUGUUGAACAAGUCACGGCUAGCACCAAUAGCAGAGAAAUAUGGUUUGGAUAAGGUUACUCGGUGGAAGCCCAGGAGGGCGGACAACCUGCAAGGUUCCGGUAUUGAAUCCGUUCUUAUGACUUCAUUAUAUGCCAUUGUUGGAGCGGUGGCGCUUGAGAAAGGCGGCGAAGCAGCCAACAAGGUCGUGCAAGACAAGAUUCUUACACCGCUCGGCUUUAGCUUUUCGCCCGAUUCAUGA